AUGGUUUUUGUAAUGGGCGCUGAUAUUGAUUUGUUGCUUCGCCUUCUGUCUACAUGUGUUCUUUGCAGGUCUCUGCUGGCAGGGAUCGAUCUCGACCUCGGGCAAGUGGAUUUCUCUGACUGGGAUCACCGAUUGCCGCCCGCUGCUAAAAAGGAGAUUGUGCAGAAUCUCCCGACAGUUCCCGUGACCCCUGCACAAGCAGACAAAGGCGUUAAGUGUCCGGUCUGCUUACUGGAGUUUGAGGAAGAGGAGAAGGUGAAGAAAAUGCCAUGUGAACAUUUCUUCCACUCUGGUUGUCUCGUGCCCUGGUUGGGAAAGACAAAUUCAUGUCCGUUGUGCAGACUCGAGUUGCCCACUGAUAAUCCAGAAUACGAGGAAUACAAGCAAGACAAGGAGAGAAGAAAACAGAAAGAGCACCGCCUGGAAUAUCUGCAUGGUGCCAUGUACACAUGACCACCAGCGAGUGGUCCUUUUGAGCAUUUCGAUGCAUUUUUCCUACAUUCUGGUGGUUCCCCUUUAGGCUCCUGGAGCUUCUCAAGAAAUUUGUCGUUAUGGACCCUGCUUUCACCUACAGCUCCUUUCCCAUCGAAACGAGCAGAGCCAGGAGCAAGUGCAAUGCUUCGAGUCCUGCAAAAUGGAAAGCUCCUGUCUUCACGAUCUUUGUGCUCUGUGGGGUAUUGUUACCGGACCAGUCAAUGGCUUUUCUUUACAAACUCCAUUCCAUUUGAAAAUUUUACUCCCGAAUUGGACAGAAUGUGUGAAAUAUUAAGUGUUUGUACAACAGAAUCUCAGCACUAAAAUGCUCGUGUUAAGGCCCACUGUACAUCUCAAUGAAGUAGUGUGUUUUUCUGACUUACUGCUGUGUGGUUUGAAACCCUUUUGAAUUGAAAUUGUAUUCAUAAUCCAUUUCCGGCUUUACUAUUGCAGGUUCUUGGUAUUCCUCUUCCUGGGCUGGUCUCUUAAGAUCUUUUCCAGGGUUUGCGUGCCCUGGAAAAGUGGAUUAUUGUUUAUGGGGUCAGUUAGUAGUUUUUAACGCUUAGCAGCGUGAAUUUGCUGUGUGCCAUUAACAUGGGUAAGGAUUCCCAGUCACUGCACAAACAAGACAAACGUUUACAAUGGACUGGCAGGACUGAAGAGCCCCACUGCUAGUCCUGUAGACAGAAAGUCACAAGAAAUUCAUCUUUAAGUGUUUGUUUGACUGGUCUUGAUCUUUGAUAGUCUUUUAAAUCACUUGUUCUAUGCAAAAUCUAUUCUGUAGUUGUAAAUCUGUGUGCUACUUUAAUGUGACUCAAGAAUAUUGAAUAUUGCACUGAAAUUUUGUUUUAUCACUUCGUGAACACUUUUUCUGCUGGAAAUGGAUUGUCUAACCAAAUGUUGGGCAUUGUCUUUUUAUAGAGAAGGAGAAAUGUUUUUUUAACUGCUGUGGGCGAACAGAACAGGUUUGUGUAUACAGUUUAAAAUCUUCUGCCUGAGUAUUUUCCCUGAACGGCUAUUCCUACCCACUUUGAAAAGUACCGAGGCAAUGUGCCUAGGCAAAUUCUUGCCAGUACCAGGAAUCUGAAAGCAAAACGGGGUGUCAUUAAUAUUCGCCUUACUCCAAGAGUCAGCUUCCUCUGCUGCCUGGGCUAGAGAAUUCCCAAGGCUCACCAUCUUCGAAGAGAAGGAAUUUCUUCUCAUCUCAGUCCUAAAUGACCUUAAAACUCCUUGCUUCCAGUCUCCUCACAGGGGAAAACAGCCUAGCCACAUCUACGCUGCGUAAGAAUUCUGUAAAUUACCUGUCAAAAGUGGGCCAUAGUUAGGAUCUGAGUACUGUACAGGGACAUGGACAAGGAAGGCCCUGUCCACUGCUGAUCUUAACAGAUUUUGAAGGUAAAACCCAAAAGAACUGCGGAUGCUGUAAAUCAGGAAAAGAACAGAGUUAACGUUUUGGAUCCGAUGACCCACCCUCCGAUUUUGAAGGUGAUUUGACUCCAGGAAGAGCAUUUUUGGCUCAUCUACUUGCAAUGACCCAAACUUACUUUCAUGUGUUUGUCCAGCUGUUUGAUUACAGGGUCUUUACCUCCACUGCUUUCUGUGAAUAGGGUCAUCUCUGUCACUGGGUGAAAUAAAAAUUGCUUUUGCUUGGGGUAGUGUUUGCAUUAUCGUGGUGAGUCCUCACAACUCCAGGCUGUGGUUGUGAUGUCCUUGUCUAAUGUACUCUCAAGGCUCUGCUAGCCCCCUGCUCUGUCCCCCACCCUGUCCUGGGCAAAGCAUCAGAAAGUGCCCACUGGCACUGGAAUCUGUACUGCGUGGAGUGGUCUUGGACGGGGAGAUUAAUUAAAGAUCCGACAGCACUGUUUCUGUUGAAUUUCUACUUUACCUGAUGCGAGAUUAAGUUGUGCGUUGCAUAAUGUUUUCAUACACUUCCACCUGCAAAUAAAACAUGAACCUGGA